UGAAAUACUUGGGAAACGAAAUCCAGGAAGAAGCAAAGAAGUGAGAAGCUGUGCAAGUCUGCAAGUGCCCGAUAGAAAUCUGAAUGUAUUUCAGUAUAAAGAAUGAAACUAACUACAAAGCUGGGGCUUUUUCUGAUUAUCUUAAAUUUAGUCACUGCCACAUUAUCAGCAAAUCCUAAACCAAACUUUGUGUUGAUGUUGGCUGAUGAUCUUGGUAUUGGAGAUAUUGGUUGCUAUGGCAAUGACACAAUAAGGACACCAAACAUUGAUAAACUUGCAAAAGAAGGUGUUAUAUUAACUCAGCACAUAGCAGCAGCGUCAAUAUGUACCCCAAGCAGAGCUGCAUUUAUGACAGGAAGAUAUGCUCUGAGGUCUGGUAUGGAUACAUGUGGUGGAAAUCGUGCUUUAACGUGGAUUGGUGUAUCUGGUGGACUGCCCCCUAAUGAGACCACAUUUGCAUCAGUACUACAGAAGAAAGGAUAUUCUACUGGGAUUAUAGGAAAAUGGCACCUGGGUAUGAACUGCAAAUCGCUCAAUGAUUAUUGUCACCAUCCUCUAAGCCAUGGUUUUGAUUAUUUCUACGGUGCACCCUUUACCCUCAUCCAUGAGUGCCUACCUGGAGGAUGGCUGGAACUUGAUGUUCCAUUUCGAGCCCAAUUGAGAUUUUUUACUCAGCUUAUCGCUUUUGCUGUUAUGACAUUAGUAAUUGUUAGAUAUACCAAUAUGAUUUCUAUCAGUGGAAAAGUAAUUGCCUGCAGUGCAUUGUUUGGCCUAUUGUUUUUCAUUACAUGGUACCUAAAAUAUGGUUUCAUACACUACUGGAGCUGCAUACUCAUGAGAAACCAUGAAAUUGUGGAGCAGCCAAUGAAUUUAGAAAGGAGUGCAUCUCUGAUUGUGAGCGAGGCACGGGAGUUCAUUGAAAGAAAUAAAAAUGUUCCAUUUCUGUUGGUCGUUUCUUUUCUCCACGUUCACACUCCAUUGAUUUCCACAAAAGCUUUUACUGGGAAGAGCAAACAUGGACUUUAUGGGGAUAAUGUUGAAGAAAUGGACUUCAUGGUUGGUUCUGUACUUGAUGCUAUUGAUAAUGCUGAAAUACAAAAUAACACAUUGGUGUAUUUUGCCUCCGACCAUGGGGGGCACUUAGAGAACCGAGCUGGGAACCUUCAAACUGGUGGAUGGAAUGGAAUUUACAGAGGUGGAAAAGCCAUGGCUGGCUGGGAAGGUGGUAUUCGUGUCCCAGGGAUAUUCAGGUGGCCUGAUGUGAUUCCUUCUGGCACAGAAACUGAUGAACCCACAAGUCUUAUGGAUAUCUUCCCAACUGUGGUCCAUUUAGCUGGUGGAGAAUUGCCGACAGACAGAAUUAUUGAUGGCCACAACCUAAUGCCUCUUCUUACAAAGAAGACAUCUCACUCAGAGCAUGAGUUUCUUUUUCACUACUGUGGAAAUCAUUUACAUGCAGUGCGCUGGCACCAAAGGGAAAGUGGCGCUAUUUGGAAAGCUCACUAUGUGACUCCAGUAUUUCACCCAGAAGGUGCAGUGGACUGCUAUGAUAUAAUACUCUGUGUCUGUGAAGGGGAUCAUGUCGUCCACCAUAAACCUCCACUAUUAUUUGAACUAUCAGCUGAUCCUUCAGAAUCCAGUUCUCUUCAGCCUGAUGAUGACCCACGUUAUAAGGCGGUACUAAGCAGAAUAGAGAUUGCAGUUACAGAGCACCAGAAGACUAUCCAUGUUGUGCCCCAGCAGCUGUCACUCUGGAAUAAUGGCUGGAAGCCAUGGCUGCAGCCAUGCUGUGGUACAUUUCCUUUCUGCUGGUGUGAUAAAGAAGACAGUAAUGUAACAUACAUUAUUUGAUAUACCUCACAUUAUAUUUUGGCGAUCUUAUGUUGAAGUUAUUGAUCCUCACUCAUGGUGGUAUGUCAUGUUGUCACCUAGGUGGUGCCUGGAUCGGCUCUGGGUAAUGACUUUGUUUGCCCUCCUCAAAUGUGAGAAUUCUAUUAAUUGUUAUUUUAAGAUAAACUUAAUUUCACAUCCGGAGAAUGGCCCAAGAGCAAAGCACAAAUGUAGCAACUUGCUACAUGGUGAGGUUUUUUUAUGAAUAGCAGAAAAGCUUGGAAGUAACAGUGAUGGAAAUUAAUGUAUUAAAAUUCUAUUCAACAUUUAAACACAUCUAUAAAUCCUUUACUUAGCUACUCUUCACUAUAUACACAGAAAGCAUAGUCCGUAGUCAGCACUCCAGUUGUCUGUGAACUACAGUAUAGUGCUCAGUGACUGGUUGACCACUUAUUAGCCAAUGGUAUCAAUCCCACUUGUAUACAAUGGAGUAAAAGCAAAGUUAGUUAACUUCUACCUGCUGCUCACAAUCAUAAUUUCUAAGUACUGCAGAUAAAAGUCAAAGGAAUAAAUAUACAAUACGUACUAACCAGAAGUCUUUUGUACUUAAGAUUAUUGCCCCUUUAAAUCCAGUAUCCAAAACUGACAAAGACAAGACAGUCAUUUUACCCCUAAGUGGCACUGUGAUUAAAUCAGGAUACAUACAUCGUUUAUGCAUAAUUCUGUGUAUUUUUAUCGGUGUCUGACAAUAAGUAUUGUCCAUAACGUAACUGCAUUAAUAAAACAUUUCUUUGCAUUCU